AUGGGGCCACCAAGACGCUCCUCCGUGGCGCCGGUCUCCUCAAUCGGUCCGAUGAGGAGUCCCCUCGAGCUUAGCCGUCGCCCCUCUUCCUGGGGCUCCUCUCUCCUGGGCUCCUCCUCCACCGGCUCCUCUCUCCUGGGCUCCUCCUCCACCGGCUCCUCUCUCCAGGGCUCCUCCUCCACCGGCUCCUCUCUCCAGGGCUCCUCCUCCACCGGCUCCUCUCUCCUGGGCUCCUCCUCCACCGGCUCCUCUCUCCUGGGCUCCUCCUCCACCGGCUCCUCUCUCCUGGGCUCCUCCUCCACCGGCUCCUCUCUCCAGGGCUCCUCCUCCACCGGCUCCUCUCUCCUGGGCUCCUCCUCCACCGGCUCCUCUCUCCUGGGCUCCUGCUCCACCGGCUCCUCUCUCCUGGGCUCCUCCUCCACCGGCUCCUCUCUCCAGGGCUCCUCCUCCACCGGCUCCUCUCUCCAGGGCUCCUCCUCCACCGGCUCCUCUCUCCAGGGCUCCUCCUCCACCGGCUCCUCUCUCCUGGGCUCCUCCUCCACCGGCUCCUCUCUCCUGGGCUCCUUCUCCACUGGCUCCUCUCUCCUGGGCUCCUCCUCCUUGAGCUAUUCCUCCAUGAGUUCUUCCUUCCUGGUCUCCUCCUCCCUGGAGCCCAGACGUCGCCCCUUCUCCCCUGGGCUCCUCCUUCAGUUCCUCCUCGUGUUCCUCCUCCUCCUUGAGUUCCUCCUCGUGUUCCUCCUCCUUGAGUUCCUCCUCCUUGGUCUCCUCCUCCCUAAGCUCCUCAACCUCAACCUCACCCUCAACCUCAACCUCACCCUCAACCUCACGCUAUCUACCUGCGACCACUAA